UCUGCUGUAACUAACGGUGGAAGAAUUCCUUUUCCUACCGACCGUAACUCAAGGCAUGUAGAUAAGGUUUACAGUUUUCUCAUUAACACGGUGAAGCUCGUUGAAAACGAAUUUAUGCGUUCAGGUUUUCUACCGGCGACACCUCGAAAUGGGUACAAUGGUGGUCAGUCGUCUCCUCGUCAUCCUUUGUAUGUGGAUACGCAACUCGCAAACAGUAUAGGGGAGAAGCGUAGAAGUCCGGCCACGAGUGUUGUGGAUUUCAUUCGUGGACGCAGUUGUGCCACAUCGGUUAGGAGUUCAUGUAAUAUAUUUUCACCGUCUGUUUCAGCAAGAGCAUCGGCAUCGACCGAUGGAGGUGUUCCAACUUGUGAUAGAAUUUCUUUAGCGCCAUUGUUUUCGCCGGUCCGUGGUAAUUCUCGACAUCUUUCUCGUAUUUACCACCCUGGAAUGCGAAGUCUUGACUCAGGCCUCGACCUCAGUUCACCGACCAUUGGACAUCAUGCACUGCUGAUCAAGGAGGUAUUUCCAAUGUAG